AUGAUGAAAGAAGCUGGGAAGGGUGGCAGGAGGUUGGUGAUGAAGAGGAAGGUGCUGAGGCACCGACCUGAUGGCAGUGCUGAGGUGUGGAAUGAGUCAGUGAGCAGUGAGCCAGAGAGUGGGACCAGGAACCUGAUUCACCCAGGGAUCAAUCCAGAAGAUGACAUUUCCGAGGGGGAAAUGGAGACAAGCAGCAGCUUCCUGGAGGAACCCUCACGCCAGUGGCCCCGGGGGGAUCGUUCUACCUUUCUCCUUGGGCAUUUCAGGGGACGGAGCCUUCCCAUUUCUCAGGACACCACCAGCACCACGGGACAACCCAAAUCCUUUAUCCCUCCCCACUUCCAGCUGCCCAGCCGGGGGAAAUCUGACCCUGUAACUAGAUAUUUAGAAUAUAAACGCAACUGGGAGAAAUUCUGCAUUCCGGGUGAGACUCAGAGGCAGGAAUUAUGCUGGAGCGUCCGAGAGCAGAUGCGCUGCAAGCCCCAGCCCCCCAAAAAGCCCCAGCCCCAACCUGUCCCCAACAAAUACAUUGUCCCCACCCAAAAGAAGCGAUCGUCCCUGUGCUGGGAGGUGCGCUGGGCACUGGCCCAUGGCCUCCUCCCCCCAAAAUACACCUAG